CAAGAAAGAACAUCACUAGCUCUUCAAGGGUCAGCAUUGCAUAUAUAGAAUUCUAUGGUAUCUCUCUCUUUGCAAUUAGAAACAAGGAAAAGAAUGUGUUGCCCACAAGAACAAAAUCUGUCCCAGAUGGUCAGAGACUUCAUUGAAUCGGAGUCACCCACCAUUUUCCGUUCUUCUUCUGAAUCUCUCCAAGUUCAUCAUGAAUCCGCAUCUCUCUCUUUACAGGAGAUCCUUGAGAAUGUCACAGAUGCUGAGAUUGAAGUUCUUGGGAAGGUCAUGCUCUACUUGGACGAUACGGAACCGAUGGAUCAGAAACCCGAAAAUCUAAGGAAAUGGGUUGGAUUAAAUUUGAAAAUUGACAGUUAUGAAGCUUCUCUCUGCAAAACCUCUUGGGUCACCACCUUUGGUCGUCGUGCAGUCUUUGAAUUUACAGGUGACUAUGAAUAUAUUGAUGUGAUGAUUCAUGGUGAUGUUGGAGAUGAACCAACAAGGCUGAUAGUAGAUAUAGAUUUUAGGUCUCAGUUCGAAUUGGCAAGGCCUACACCAACCUACACUGAGCUCUCAAACUCUCUCCCUCCCAUCUUUGUUGGGACUGACGAAAAACUCAACAAGUUAAUCUGUUUGCUUUGCCCAGCUGCUGAGCAAUCUCUGAAGGAGAGAGAACUUCACAUUCCUCCAUGGAGAAAAGCCAGUUACAUGCAUUCCAAGUGGCUCUCUCAAAACUGCAAGAAAGUCCCAUUCUGAUCCAGCUGAGAAUCUGGCAUACCCAAGAACCUAAAUGGGGACCUAGAUUUGUAUUGCCUUUUUCUCUUUCUUUUUUUUUUUUUUUUUUGUUUUUUUGAACUGAGGGUAUGCAGAUGU